AUGUUUGCCUUAGAAGUCGAUGAGGAAGACGAUGAUGAUGAUGAUGAUUUAAGUAACUUAAAAAUUUUGUGGCCACUCGUGCAUAGAAGGUGUGAAAAAAAAACUUGGCCACAGGCAGAUGCCAAUGGCAGUGGAAAUAUGGAAGACACAUUAUCACCACAACAUUGGAUUGCUUUGAAAUAUUCUUCUCAGAACUUCCAGCAUUCUGAAGCCAAGCUUUCACCAGAAUUUGCAUCAAAGUCAUCUGAAGCCUUGAGCGAUUUGUAUAACAACAAUGUUGUUGACGAUAAUCAAAUAAGCAGUUACCAAAAUGUUGAUUUGAAUAAUAUGAACAAUAGCAAUGGCAACAGGAUUAGACAAAAAAACAAUCUUAAUAUUGCGAACAGAAACUAUUAUCAAGGAAAUCAAAAGCAAACAGAUGGAGUUAAAGCAUUGAAUGUCGGUGUGGACAAUGCUGGUAAUAUUUAUAUUGCUGACAAUGGAAAAGUGAAAUAUGUUCAGAUUGUCAGUAGUAGAUCAACGAACGGAAAUAGAAAAAUCACCACAGCAACAAACCUUGCUCCCACACCACUAAUCAAUAAUAAUGUUAAAUUUUAUUCCAAUGCCUUUGUCAAUCCAUUCGAACCUUUAGUGGCUUUUCUGGGCAGUGAUCAAUUGCAAUUGGAAAACUAUAAUUUUCUCUUUAAUGCCGAACGACAUACAAUCUUUCAAUUGCACACCAUUGCCAACAAAAAACUAUCCUCUAAUCCAGCACAGGCUGCUGGUUCGAAUGGCAUUGCUGCUGCAGGUGAAAAUGUUUUAAAUGUUGUAAGUGGCUUUGCUUUCGGUGUGAAUUCAGCCAUUUCUACUGGUAGUCCAACAAUAAAAGUGGAGGAAGUGCAACUGUACAAUGCAGAUUCAUUGAGGCAAUCCAACUUUAGUCCUUUUAAUCCAACAAGAAUUCUCAUACACGGUUGGUUAGGUGGUUCACAUGCGAACGUCUUUAGCACAUUGGUGCCAGCCUACUUAAAAGCGGGUAAUUAUAACGUUUUUACCGUGGAUUGGGGACGUGGUGCUAUAGCAGACUACCUAACAGCAAGCUAUCGCGUUAAACCGGUGGGCAAGAUACUAGCAAAAUUCAUAGACUUUUUACAUAUGGAAGCUGGCAUACGCUAUCAAGAUAUACAUGUGACGGAUUUUAGUAUGGGUGCACAUAUUGCAGGCAUAGCAGGCAAAUUUGUACAAUAUGGACAUUUGCCAGUAAUAUACGCACUUGAUCCUGCACUGCCAUUCUUUAGCUAUGACAAAAUUGAUGAACGAGUAGCAAUCACCGAUGCGGACUAUGUCGAAGUUAUACACACAAGUGAUGGUACCUAUGGUUACGAUCGCCCACUGGGCCAUGUUGACUUUUACAUUAACUAUGGUAGCAAUCAGCCAGGAUGUUUUUUGAAUGAAUGCAGUCACUUUAGGGCAUAUCAAGUGUUUGCCGAAUCGUUACUAUGGAAAACGGCAUUUCGUGGACAAGGCUGCGACGUACAAUUGUGGUAUGAUUUAAUCAAAAAUCGACGAUGCUUAAUGGGUACAGGUAGAAACUUGACAAUGGGUGGUGAUCCGGCUGAUGCAAGUAUAUUGAAAGGUCAUGGUGGCGUUUAUUAUGUAUUAAUUAAUGCAAGUCCACCGUUUGGCAGAGGCUAA